CGCGAAGCUCCAACAAUGGCGGCAGAUCUGGUGCUUGACACAGCCAUCAGAGACUGGGUUCUCAUCCCUCUCUCGGUGGUCAUGGUUCUCAUCGGCGUCCUCCGAUACUUCGUCUCCAAGCUCAUGCGAUCCAACCAAGUCCCCGAUGCCAAAAUUGUCAAAGAAGGGCAAUUGAUUAUCAGGGCUCGGAACUUACGUGCUGCUGCUAAUUUCAUACCUCCAAAGUCGUUUCGUGCUCGCCGAUUGUAUUACAACAACGAGGAAAAUGGGUUGUUAAUUGUUCCUAAGGGUCAGGCACAGAAUCCACAAGCGCAAAUGUUCUCUGAUCCCAACAUGGCCAUGGAUAUGAUGAAGAAAAAUCUGUCCAUGAUAAUACCCCAGACUCUUACUUUUGCAUGGGUCAACUUUUUCUUCUCUGGAUUUGUAGCAGCCAAAAUUCCCUUUCCUCUUACUCAAAGGUUCAGGUCUAUGCUUCAGAAUGGGAUUGACUUGAGCACUGUUGAUGUUAGCUACGUCAGUAGCCGCUCAUGGUACUUUCUUAAUCUGUUUGGAUUAAGGGGUUUGUUUAGUCUCAUUCUGGGAGAAGAAAAUGCCAUGGACGAUACUCAGAAAAUGAUGCAAAUGAGUGGCUUUGGAUUUGAUCCAUCAAAGAGCUUGGGAGCUGAGAAGGACAGUCUUGAUAUAGUCCAGCAUGACUGGGCCUUACCAAAAUUUGAGCAUCGCGCCGAAGCAGUAUUGAGAGAACUUGCCAGAUGAAAGCUGAAAUCGUGAAGUUGGCUGCCCGACAGAAGCAUCGUUUCUGUUCACAUGCUCCCCUCCUGGGUUUCUUCCACCCAGGCAGCAAAGUCAGUCAGACUUUAGAGAGACCCAAGAAAAACAUAAGAACUUACAAAAAACGUAGUCGUCGUAGUCUUUAGCAGCUUAAAUUUAAGUUCUGAUCAUUAAACAAGGCACUGUUUUUUUAGCAGAUCGAACCCACUGCUGGUUGUAACUCGUAAUUCCUUUUCUUUUUGGUCUGAAACUAACUGUUGAAAUGAUUUAUUUUCAAAGUUCCCUGAAAAA